UGUAACAGGAAGGGAGAAAAUGCAAUGGACCAGACCGGGAUUCAAACCCAGGCCCCCGGAAUCUCUAGUUAGGUGCUCUACCAACUGAGCUAUCUGAGAUUAUCUGACUACCUGCGAUCGAAUUCGUCUGACUGCUACAUUCCUCCCUCCUUAUAAAGAAAUGAAAUUACAAUUUUGUUUGCAAAUAAAUUGAUGUCGUCUAAAGAGGGAACUUCUCAUCAUUGUUGUCACUCAUUCCCAAGAAGAAUUAAUGAAAAUGAAUCCUCACCAAAAGUUAUGUGAAGAUUAUAAAAUACUGCAAGAUACUAACAAGAAGUUGACUCAAGAGAAAAAGGAUUUAUUAUCAAGGUUAAGUGAGGUUGCUGGUGUUCGCAUGACAGAAAACAACCCCAGUAUAGCAGACCUGAGUGAUGUCAAUCGUCCAAUUAACCUUGGGGAGGAAUUUUCAGAAAUUUAUGACAAUGAAUAUACAGAAAUGUUCCUUAAUUUAAAGAAAGUGCAUGGUGAUAACAAAAAUUAUGAUGUUCAUGGUGUUAUGCUGAAAACAGCAGAGAGGUGUAAUAGCAUUUGUAGAGAUUGGGAAAAAAAACAGUUUGCAAAGAUACUGACUGUCUUUCAACUAAAAGAUGUCAAGGAUCGGAAUUCAUUGCCAAAAGGAGUUGUAAAGCACAUCAAAGACCUAAGGAUCUCAUUGUUGAAAAAUGAACAGAGUCAUCUUGAAAAGGAAUUUUAUGAAAGCUUGAAGACAGAAGGAAAACAAUCCCUAGAGAUAAACUAUGGCGAUGACAAUGUCAAGAAAUACAUUUCCCAUUGCUUAUCCUUCUUUUGGAGGGCAUGUAUCCAGACACCUCCUCUGUAUUUUGAUUUUAAUGUGCAAAAAGGCACACCUUUUGACAGUGCAGUUCAUAGGAAGUGUACAGUUAAUGGGCCAAAUGUCGAUUAUACUGUGUGGCCCGUGGUAUACCUGCAUGAAAGAGGGCCUGUUCUGGUGAAAGGCAUUGUCCAGUGUCAAAAAGGGAAUGGAAAAUCUUUAGAGACCUCUAGCAAUUCUGCAAUUACUGACAAGGCUGUUCAAAGAGUGGAAGUGGGAAAGGGCUCUGAAAGAAUUAGAGAGCAACCACCUCAAACAAUGAAGAAACCGGAUGAGAAUAAAACUUCUCCAAAGCAGUCUGUCUCCACAAAUGAUAAAGAACAGAAAAAGGAAAAGCAGCCUCCUACCCCAAAACAAUAGCAAACAUAGGACAAAUAUUUUACAAUGUAUAUUUAUUUCAGUAAUUUAUUUUGUGUAAAGAAUUAUUUUGUUUUAGCUGACCUGAUCCAUAAUUUCUAAUAAUAUUUGAAUGGUUUGGAUAUUCAUA